CUUCCACGGCAGACAUGACAGUGUUGAAAUCAAGCGUCAGCGCCAACACUGCCCAGCCUCGUCAUUAUUAAACUAGUCAAGUCGUCGAAUGGCGGCCCAAGAAGAGGUUUUUUAAAAAAAAAGCUUUCCAGUCAUCUCAAUACGACGAGUUUAAAAGCAGCAAGUAUGGUCAUGUUGUUUCGUUUUAGCCUGUGUGGCUGCUAGCCGUUAGCUUCCUCCAUUUUUCAUAGUGUGGUUGUUUUUAUUGGUGUUUACUUUCAUCCCUGCAUGUGCUGCUAGGCUAUAGUAGUGUGGCGCACACAAAAACAUUGAGGAAAGCAGGUUGAUGGAAAGAAGGAGUGUAGAGCUAAAGUUGCUUCAGAUGGAGUGAACUCUUGGCACCUUAAAGGAUGAGUCACAGAUGGUGCCUGAGUACUUUCCAGCGCUCACUCCAUGUGCAACAUCCUCAGUGCGUCUUCCUCAGCCGGUUGUACAUCUUCUGCUCUCGGGGGGCUCCGACUCGAAAAGCAUGGCGCCGCAGGACUUACCAGCUUAGACAAAAGCUGGGGAUCCACACCGGUGGCUUGUGUUUGAACAGCUCGACACCUCGCUGGUCUGCGGGCCUGAGCCAGCACAUGUCACGAGUGAGGAACACGCUGGACACGGUUUCUAAAGCCGUGACGCCCACAGACCUUCUCUCCAAGAUCACCAGACUCAAAGCCCAGAAGCCUGGGACAAAUGUGGGGCCGGCUGCGGAAAAAGGGACCGCUGCUGCUUCCAAGUCAACAUCUGUAACUGCACUAGAAGCUGCUGCCACUACCUCCUCCUCGCAGCCUCACAACGCCACACAAGCCACCGACGCUGUUGCCACCGUACCCGCGCAGGAGAGUAAGGAGAUUAAGCUGAGGCGUGUCACACCUGAGGAGCCUCAACAAUCCUCCAACGGGAAACAAACCCAAGCACUUUUCCACCCUAGCAGCUUGUCAGUCAACCUGGAUCAAACCUACAACUACGUAGCCCAUCACAUCAAUUCCUACUUCGACAGCAGUACCAAAACUCAGCAGAAAGACCACGUGGAAAAGCCUCCACAAUCAAGUGACCUAAUGUGUAAUACACCGCCCCUUCCCGCCAAGAAAGGCUUUGGCCACUACCUGGCCUACUCCACUCCCACCGUGCAAGCUUUUGUCGGGAGCUACAUCACCCCCUUGGUGCCAAAGUUCAGGACGGGGGAGUCCAAAAGUGCUACGGAUGAUGCCGUUAAGCUUGAGGAUGCGCCGGGGAAGCAGGCGGAGGUCAGCAUCAUUAAAGAGCAGAAGGUGGAAGAUGAGAAGGCCAAGAAACUUCUUCUUCAAAGGGAAAAGAUCAUUGCCAGGGUGAGCGUGGACAAUCGAACCCGUGCUCUGGUCCAAGCCCUCCACAGGGCCACAGAUGUGAGGGUUUACAUCAGCAGAGUGGAGGACCUCAGCUACCAUCUCCUGGAGUUCCCUGAGACUUGUGGGGUUGCUGUCAAGGAGAAAGUCAUCCCCUGCUUAUUGCGUCUACAACAAGCAAAAGACCCUGGUCUGAGGGAAGCAGUUCGAGAAGCUCUUACUCUGGUGGGCUACCAUAAAGCAGUUAAAGGCCGAGGCAUACGCAUCCUGUCCAUAGACGGAGGAGGUUUAAGGGGACUUCUUGCCCUUCAGACUUUGCACAAAUUGGAAGCCCUGACCGGCAAACCCAUUUACAAACUGUUUGAUUAUAUUUGUGGCGUCAGCACAGGUGCUAUCCUCGGCUUCAUGCUGGGCGUGUUCCAGCUGCCGACCAGCGAGUGCGACGACCUUUACCGCAAACUGGGCUCAGACGUCUUCAAGCAGAAUGUGAUCGUUGGCACGGUGAAGAUGGGGUGGAGCCACGCUUUCUACAACAGCGAAGCCUGGGAGAGCAUCCUCAGAGAAAAAAUGGGCUCACACAUUCUUGUGGAAACUUCCAGAAACCCGGAAUGUCCUAAAGUGGCAGCAGUGAGCACCAUCGUGAACAGGGGCACGCCACUCAAGGCCUACGUGUUCAGGAACUACAACCUGCUGCCAGGGGUGCGCUCCCACUACCUGGGGGGCAGCCAGCACCAGCUCUGGCAGGCUAUCCGCGCCACAUCCGCGGCCCCCGGCUAUUUCCAGGAAUUCCUCUUGGGGAGUGACCUUCAUCAGGACGGAGGUCUGCUCAUUAACAACCCCACAGCGCUGGCCAUCCACGAGUGCAAGUGUCUGUGGCCCAACACGCCCUUGGAGUGCGUGGUGUCGCUGGGCACGGGCCGCUUAGAAACCACGGCAAGGAACAGCGCCACCUACACCAGUCUCAAAACCAAGAUCACCAAUGUCAUCAGCAGCGCCACUGACACUGAAGAGGUCCACGCCAUGCUGGACGGCUUCUUGCCCGCCGACACCUACUUCCGCUUCAACCCCUUCGUGAGCGAAGACAUCUCCAUCGACGACAACCGGCGGGAGAAGCUGAGCCAGCUGCAGGCCGAGGGUGUGCGCUACCUGGAGAGGAACGAGGAGAAGCUGAAGAAGGCGGCUGGCAUCCUCACCCGGGAGAAGGAUGCGGGGCGGAGGUUAGCGGACUGGCUCAAGACCAGGACUGACAUGUACAAGCUCUAGACCACCUUGGAGACUUUUUAUUUGUUUUGCUAUGAAGAACCUAAACGUGAUAAAACAGGUAAUGAAAACUUGAAAAAGAUUUGGCAGCAGAUUCCUAAACACAGGAAAUAGAUGAUCUUUGACUUGUAGUAGGUCUUUAAAAAGAGCAAAGUGCUCCUGUAGUUUAACCACUGUAGAUUUUACAGUUAAUACCUUUUUUUUUUCAUUUACAGUAAUGCACUGUAAAAACAACAACCGUAAAUUUUACGGUAAAAAAAACAACAACACAGAAUGUCAGUAAAAAAAAGUCCUUCAAAACAGGAAGUGCUUCAGUUGUAAACACGACUUUAGAUUUCACCAUUUUUUACAUUCCCAGUAACACUAAGGGUGUAACGGUACACAACAAUUUCGGUUGGGUACGUACCUCGGUUUAGAGGUCACGGUUCGCUUCAUUUUCGGUACAGUAAGAAAACAACAAAAUAUACAUUUUUUGGUUAUUUAUUUACCAAAUUUGUAAACAAUGGCUUUAUCCUUUUAACAUUGGGAACACUGUAAUAAUUCUGCCCACGUUAAUCAACAUUAAACUGCCUCAAGUUGUUGCUCAGAUUAAAUAAAAUGACAAAACUUUUCUUCUACAUAUAAAAAGUACAACAUUAAACAGUUUCAAGUCAACUCAUCAUGCUUAAUUUAUUACAGCAUUUGGGAAGCCUGUAGUUGAUUUUUAUUAUGUAAAUGUUAUAUUUUUAUCAACAUGUGAUAGCAGGGACCCUGCCAUUCAAAACUAGGCUGCUGCAUUACUAAUGAUUCAUGGAACUAUAGCUGAAAAAAUAGUACAAUAGCAAUAGGAGAGACUAUUCAUCCCUGAACACCAUGGAGUUCAUGUAGGCUUAAUGAUGCACUUACAUUAUUAUAUCAACUAUCAGAGACAGAAACUCUUCUAAAGUGAAAUAACAGACAGACAGGGCUUUGCUGUCCGUAACACACACGCACACACCGCAAAAUGAGCUAAUGUUACGCUAAAAGCGAAUUAGCCUUCACCUCAAGCCAGUACUGCGAGCAAGCUGAGCUGCCUUUUAUAUUUCUAGAAGGUCAACGGGCUCAUAGUGAUGUUACUAGUAGCUGACUGGGAGGUGUUUAUUAUCAUUUGGGGAGAGUCCGCUGCCUGAUGAUUACCUGCUAAACGCUAAGCACUGACUACAUGCGCUCUGAAUACGCACUGCUGAUUGGCUGUUACCGCUCUGUGUGUAACCAAUCAGCUGGUUGUGUGGGUGUGACAAUGCUGGGUGCUGUGUAGAGGACUGACAGAGACAGGCAGAAGGAAGCGGAGGCGGCUACUUAAUAUGUUCGUGUGGAAACUCAUUCGGCACACCUCCGAACUGAAACCCCCGUACCGAAACGGUUCAAUACAAAUACACGUACCGUUACACCCCUAGUGUUCAGUCAGUCACUCGACAUUUCACCAUUUAACGUUCAGUUUUGACAGUAAAAAUAAGAGUGGGACUGUUUCUCUAUUGAUUUGGUGUGAAAACACAUUUUUAAAUUGCUUUAUUGUUUACACUGUGCACAAGGCUGUUCCACUCCCCAAAAUUCACAAGUCGUACAAAAUAAAUCAAUCGAUGUUUAUUUAUAUAGCCCUAAAUCACAAGUGUCUCAAAGGGCUGCACAAGCCACAACCACAUCCUCGGUUCAGAGCCCACAUAAGGGCAAGGAAAAACUCACAACCCCAAUGGGACGUCGAUGUGAAUGACUAUGAGGAACCUUGGAGAGGACCGCAUAUGUGGGUGACCCCCCCCCUAUAGGGGAGACCGAAAGCAAUGGAUGUCGAGUGGGUCUGACAUAAUAUUGUGAGAGUCCAGUCCAUAGUGGAUCUAACAUAAUAGUGAGAGUCCAGUCCAUAGUGGAUCUAACAUAAUAGUGUGAGAGUCCAGUCCAUAGUGGAUCUAACAUAAUAGUGAGAGUCCAGUCCAUAGUGGAUCUAACAUAAUAGUGUGAGAGUCCAGUCCAUAGUGGAUCUAACAUAAUAGUGAGAGUCCAGUCCAUAGUGGAUCUAACAUAAUAGUGUGAGAGUCCAGUCCAUAGUGGAUCUAACAUAAUAGUGAGAGUCCAGUCCAUAGUGGGGCCAGCAGGAGACCAUCUCGAGCGGAGACGGGUCAGCAGCAAUGCACAGACGAGUGGACAGCCAGCACUUCAUCCAUGGCCACCGGACCUGUGCCCCCCCCCCCCCCUUCCACAAGGGAGAGGGGGGCAGAGCAGAAAAGAAACGGCAGAUCAACUGGUCUAAAAGGGGGGUCUAUUUAAAGGCUAGAGUAUACAAAUGAGUUUUAAGAUGGGACUUAAAUGCUUCUACUGAGGUAGCAUCUCUAACUGUUACCGGGAGGGCAUUCCAGAGUACUGGAACCCAAAAAAAGUCUGCGGGCUAUAGAGCGUUUGCUAUAGCCCGCAGACUUUUUUUGGGCUCUGGGAAUCACUAAUAAGCUGGAGUUCUUUGAACGCAGAUUUCUUGCUGGGACAUAUGGUACAAUACAAUCUGCAAGAUAGGAUGGAGCUAGACCGUGUAGUAUUUUAUACCUAAGUAGUAAAACCUUAAAGUCACAUCUUAAGUGCACAGGAAGCCAGUGCAGGUGAGCCAGUAUAGGUAUAUAUAUAUAUAUAUAUAUAUAUAUAUAUAUA